GCGGUAAAACUUGUAAAUUGUCAAGUUCGACAAGUUCAAUUUUAACGCAUUUUGUUGUUAUUUGGAGAAAUAGAAAGAUUUCUUUAAUAUAAUUUAUUAUUUACCUCAUAAAUAUGGAAGACGGUGAUUUUGAUCAGCGAUUAAGAGAUUUACAAAGAGAAUAUUUAGAGUUUUUGGAUGAUGAGGAAGAUCAAGGUGUCUAUAUGGAACGAGUGAAACAAAUGAUAGGCGAAAAGUGUAAGCGACUAAUUGUUAACAUAAAUGAUUUAAGAAGAAAGAACCCAGAACGAGCUAAAAAUUUGUUGGAUAAUGCCUUUGAAGAACAAAUAGCGUUUCAGAGAGCUUUAAAGGAAUAUGUAUCGUCAAUAGACCCAACAUACGCAAAAGAGCAAGAAGAAUUUUUUGUAGCAUUCUCUGGAAGUUUUGGUACUAAACAUGUAACACCAAGAAGUUUAACGUCUAGGUACUUGGGUAAUCUAAUAUGUGUGGAAGGUAUAGUCACUAGAGUGUCAUUAGUAAGACCAAAGGUAGUCAGAAGUGUCCACUACUGUCCAGCUACCAAAAAAGUUAUGGAAAGAAAGUACACAGAUCUUACAUCCUUUGAAGCUUUCCCAACAACUGCUGUUUAUCCUACCAAGGAUGAUGAGGGUAACCCUCUGGAAACUGAAUAUGGGUUAUCGAGAUACAAGGAUCACCAAACCCUUACAGUACAGGAGAUGCCAGAAAAGGCUCCUGCAGGCCAGCUGCCAAGGAGUGUGGAUGUUGUCUGUGAUGAUGAUCUAGUGGAUAUGUGUAAGCCCGGAGACAGAGUUCAGAUUGUGGGCAACUAUAGAUGUCUCCCGUCAAAACAGGGGAGUUUUACAGCUGGUACUUUCAGAACGAUUCUAAUAGCCAACAACAUAACACAAAUAAACAAAGAGAUGAAUCUCAACAUCACACUGGAAGACAUAAAGUUAUGCAAGCGACUGGCCAAACGCACUAAUGCCGAUAUGUUCGAAUUGCUGAGCAAGUCCCUGGCUCCCUCGAUACAUGGACAUGAUUUUAUUAAGAAGGCGAUACUGUGUCAGCUGCUGGGUGGAAUGGAGAAGAUAUUGCCUAAUGGAACAAGAUUGAGAGGUGACAUCAACAUUCUUCUCAUUGGUGAUCCAUCAGUAGCUAAAUCACAACUCCUGCGAUAUGUGUUGAUGACAGCACCCAGAGCGAUCACCACAACAGGUCGAGGGUCUUCUGGAGUUGGUUUAACAGCUGCUGUUACUACUGAUCCAGAGACUGGAGAUCGAAGGUUAGAAGCGGGUGCUAUGGUGUUAGCAGACAGGGGGGUGGUGUGCAUAGACGAGUUCGACAAGAUGUCGGACAUCGACAGGACCGCCAUACACGAGGUGAUGGAGCAGGGCCGCGUGACCAUCGCCAAGGCGGGCGUGCACGCCGCGCUCAACGCGCGCUGCUCCGUGCUGGCCGCCGCCAACCCGGUGUACGGGCGGUAUGACCAAUACAAAACGCCAAUGGAGAACAUCGGUCUACAAGACUCGCUGCUGUCUCGUUUCGAUUUACUAUUCGUGAUGCUGGACAUCGCGGACGCUGACCAUGACAAUAUGAUCUCGGAGCAUGUGCUUAGGAUGCAUAGAUAUAGAAAUCCAAAAGAACAAGAUGGUGAAGUUCUACCAAUGGGCUCAUCAGUGGACAUGUUGUCAACAGAAAAUCCAGACAAUGAUGAUGUUGAGGACUCCGCCGAAGCCAUCUACGAGAAAUACGACCCAUUACUCCACGGCCGGACACGCAACAAGAAGGACCAGAUAUUCAGCACCAAGUUCAUGAAGAAGUACCUGCACAUCGCGAAGCUGAUGAAGCCGAAGCUCACCCAGGAGGCAUCAGAUGUGAUAGCUGAUGAGUACGCCAAGUUGAGGAACCAGGAUAUGAUGGAGAGUGAUGUGGCUAGGACGCAACCAGUAACGGCUCGUACACUGGAGACGUUGAUCCGUCUAGCCACAGCGCACGCCAAAUGCCGUCUCAGCUUCCAGAUCACAGAAGGGGAUGCACUUUGCGCUAUCGAGCUAGUACACUUCGCCUACUUUAAACGGGUGUUGACAAAAGAGAAGCGUCGCAAACGUCGCGCGUCGUCAGGUGACGAAGCGUCGGAUAGCGAGACGCCCUCACAGCCACGACCCAAACGUACCAGGCGGACGCAGCAAGAUGGCGAAGCAGAUCCGUACGAGUUUUCUUCAGACGAAGAGGCGGAGACGGUGCUGCGGCGCGCGCGCACGGCCACCCAACCCGAAGCUGCACCGAAGAAGAAACCCUCGCAAACCACCAGCGUUAUUGAGGCCAAUAGAUUAACGGAAUUCAAGUCAGCGUUACAGCAAUUGUUCCGCGAAGAGCGAGCCAACUCGCUAACACUCGACAGAAUCACAUCAUACGUUAACGAGAAGUACUCGCACGCAACAUUCGGCUCCGGAGAGAUCACAGCGGCUCUGGAACGGAUGACACAGGACAACCAGGUCAUGAUGGCGGACGAUAUUGUGUUUUUAAUUUAAUGUUGCCAUGUGAUUUUAGUGUGGUAUUGCCAGUUAACACUAUUACAGGUAAUAAGAUUCAGGAUUUGUAUAUUAUUUUGAUCAUUUUGGAUAUUUAAUAAAAAAAUCUAAGUCGAAUCUGGGUCACUUGCGCAAACAUUCCUACAAUGUAUGAAUGUAUGCGCUCAUAAUUGAAAAAAUAAACCAAUUGCAAAUGACGUCACACUUGUAUUUGCGAAUUCGUGCGAAUGUGAGAAUCUCGCAUAAGUAUCAUCAUUUGUAUAAAAGUCGACUUACUCCUUACUAGCUAGCGAGAUCUAUUUUCAUAGACUCAAAAACAAUUUAAAAUUUGCACAGACUGGCUCUAAGAUCUAAAUUGUUAUGUAUACUGAUUAAUGAAUUAAAUCGGUUUUUCACAUUUUUAAGAUACUUUAGCUCUAAAUGUUUGUAAUUUAAAUGUAAGAAUCUGCCUUAUAAUGUACCUACCUAACUGAUAAGUUAAUCAUAACUGUUUUUAUUGUAAUUUGUAAGUGAUUAAUAAAUCGGAUACAAAAA